UGUUGAUUUGAAUGUCGUCAUCAUCGCCUGUAUCCGGCUGUGGGAGUUCAUCCAUGCGGUUGACCGCCAGGGGCUUCCUAGAGAAGCAGGGAGAUGACUUUAGAGGGACCUCCUCAGUGUCGGACGAAGGCCCACAGUGUAAUGUAAGGACAGCUACACCAGCCGCGAAGAGACCGAACAAUCAAGGGGCACUGCGGCCUCAUGGUACGAGUUCUCUGGGUUCCGGUGAUAGCAGCGGCGCUUGGAGGAGUACUAUCGAGGACAGAUUCGGCGAUAUGGUGGAGUCAGACUAUGACGAUGAAUCCGACGAUGGAAGCGUGUCUUCCAGUUCAUACGCUGACUCUUCGGAUGUCGAUGAACUGAGUAGCCUCAGAGACGAGCUACGUGUCGGCCUCUCAGUGAAGCGACUAGAGACUCAACUGAAGGCCCUCAGGGUGAGUCAGACCCCUUCGUCGGGCAGUACUAGUUUUAAUAAAAUACCCAGCCUGAAUAUCGCUGGUGCUGGUGCUGGCCUUGGAUAUGCUACUGGUCAGGCGAUGAGACUCAGCGACUUACACUUCUGUACCUUCUUGGUUGACCCUCUGCCGGACCGCGCUACCAUUCUUUUGGCUAGUCUCGAGAUGUGCUCAGCUCUGCGAUGCAAGCACUCCGAAAUUACUAAUUAUCCUUUUGCGAAGCUCCAUAGGCGACGGUUGGACCACGAAAUCAUACGUAAAUUCGUAUUGAAGUGCCGCAGCCGGCAGAAGUAUCUGGAAAUGUCCGACUCGAGUACGAAUCCCAGCGGCGACACUAGCAUCACUUUAGUAACUGAGGUCAACCGCUUCGAUGAUCCUUCUCAAACGCUGGAGGUCCUUUUGCAUGGUGUGGCUCUGCCUAUGUCCGAGCGACUUUAUCUCCUUUUCUUCGCGGCUGAUCUGUCACAAGCAGCCCCGCCAUUGAGGAGGAGAUUGGAGGUCCUUCGUGUGGAUGCUCCGGGGGAUGGAGGGGACUCGGAGGAGCUCACCCGGCAGCGAGAAGUUGUCACUAUGGUGGUUAGUCAGUUGAUCAACCGUUUGCAAGAGGAGGGGUUUGCUGAGGCGCAGCUACUGCAGGUUAUCCAAUAGCGAGGUCUAUUGGGAAGUUUGCCACUGUAUUAUUAUUCGUCCCAUCCACCUCCAUGUUUGUCGC